AUGCCACCGAAACUUGCGUUGGCCAUCAAUGUGGAGCCCGAGCCGGAGAGCAUUCGAAUAAGCGAUGACUCGCUCACGGUGCUGACGCAGUCACACAACCCCGUGUCGUUCACGGCGGAGGGAAUGCGUCUGAAGAAUGAAGGCGUGUUCUAUAAGGCAAGGAUUUCAGAAAAGGACAUCCGCAUCAUUAAGAAGCUGGGCCAGGGAGCAAGCAGCAUUGUGUACAAGGGUUUCUUAGUACGGGAAAACAAGUUCGUGGCGGUGAAGAAGAUUAAUGUGUUUGAACGGGAGACGCGGCACCAGAUGAUCAACGACCUGAAGGCGCUGUGUGACGCCCCCAGCAACGUGCCGGGGCUGGUGUCCUUCUACGGGGCGUACCACGUGCCGGAGAGCGGCCAGAUCUCCAUAGUGCUCGAGUAUGUGGACGGGGGGUCGCUGGCGGAUGUGCUGGCGAAGGUUGGCCGCAUCCCCGAGAACGUGCUGUCCAAGAUGACCUCCAAGAUCCUGAGGGCCCUGGCCUACCUGCACAAGGAGAAGCACCUGACCUCCGCCUCCGACCCCUCCGUGAGCCUGAAGGACUUCAUGCAGUGCGUCUUCAAUCCGCACGACAAGCUGGACGAGAUCGCCAUCGUGUUCGCCCACAACUACUACGCGCUCCUGAACGCCGGGGUGGUUCGGCUGCGGGACCUGGCGCCGCUGUACUCCGCCGAGUCGACGCUGCGCUACGACGGCGACUCUACGGUGGGUUGCGACGCCAUUCUGGCCAAGCUGCAGUCGGUGGCGCACAUGCACGCGGGCUGGAAGGUGACCCACGAGGUGGUCGACGUGCAGUGCCAGCCGCUCGGAUUUUACGGCAGCGCGUUGGUGAACGUGGCGGGGCGGUUAGAGUCCCCCGCCGCCGCCAACAAGCCGCAGCCCUUCACGGAGGUCUUCGUGCUGAGCCAGAUGCAGUCUUCAAAGCCAAGAAGGGGGUUCACCGGUUAG